GCCCAAUUCGCGGCCCGGGGUGCCCACGCAGUGGGUGCCCCUUACUCGGAAUAAAAGACACCCAAAAAGGAACACCGGAGAUGACGACGCUUGUGGUGGAGCCUCUGGACCGUGAGAUGGAGCGGCAGUUCGUGACUAUUGUCCAGGAGAUUCAGAGUACAGACAGUGACGCCGUCAACAUCCCCCUCGCCGACAUCCUUUCCUACAAGGGCACCCACAACGGCCUUGGGUAUCGAGAUGUCAUGGUCAUCGUUGUGGCGGCAGACCGGGACAGCGAGGGAAAGCUGACGGAGAUAUCAAAACGGGAGAUCAAGAGAGGGCUUCGUGAGCUCCACGAACGUCUUCAACGGACUGCCAGUCGACCAUGCUGGUGUGUGGUCACGGCAGACAGACACGAUGGGCAAACAGACAAGACAGAGGGGAUGAGAGAGCGGUCCACUUCAUUUCUCAUCGUCUUUGGCUGCCUGUGAUGCUUUUGUCGAUCAGGUUCGGGCGAGUGCUUGCCUCGUUGUUCUCAUCGUUCGGUUCCUCAUCAGCGUCGACCAUCUCUGCCUGCAGCACUAGGUCAUCAUCCUACCUGACGGGUGCCCAAUCAAGUGCGGAAUCGGCGAGUACCCAAUCAGCGAGUGCCGGGUCAACAAGCGGCGGAUCAACGAGUGCAGCGGCCGCAGGCAGUGACCAUCAGUCAGCAGCCGGAUCAACGAGUGCCGUUCUGAGGAGGAGAAAGGCAGAGGGCAUGUAGCGAGCGGGGAGGAGCGCAAGGGAGUGGGUAUACGUAAGUGAGAGUGAGUAGGGCCAGAGUGUGAGAGCUGACGCUUCCCCGUCAGACAGACAGACACUGUGUACAUACAUACAUACAAUGUGUGCCUGGUCUGAUAGAGAGGCUUGUUCCUGCUCUGUUUCUCCUCAGUGUUCUGCGGGGUAGCUUAUGUAUGUUUCGGCAAGUAGGUUAUUGACUGUCAUUGUGACAUGCAGUUUCUUCUAAUACUGUACGUUGACGAGAGGAAAUUCUUAGUAGCAUGCGCGAGAAGAAACUCUGAAGUAGAAUAACC